ACAAGGCGUACUUCUACCUCCCCCCUGUGUGCACGUGUUCCAACUAGCUCGGAAUCCCUAAACACACAAUCAGUGAUGAUUCCUGGCUUUCUGUGGUUGUGAUUUAGACAAAGGCGCCUCUGUUUUCUUCCAUUGCCUUUGAGUCGACACUGCCCUAUUAUUUGCCCAUGUGCUGAGGUCAUAGAAUUCGUUUUGACUUCAGUAAUAUUAACAUUCAGUAUUGGAUUAGCAAAUGGGCAAUGGUUCAUUGAUGUAGCUCGCAGCCUGGUCUCCAAUUUGAGCGAGCGCGAGGAUCGAUACUUUAGCCUACUCUGUUGUUGAAUUUCGAAUUUUGACGUUACUUUAAAACCAUGCAGGAUGGUUGGGCUUUUUGCCUUAACUAUGUCUGGCUGACACUCCCACUGUCUCUGCCGCCUGCACGGGUGACAUGUGCCCGUUCAUCAGGCCUUAUCUUUCCUUGAAGCAAGGUUGCAAAUUCUGCCAUCCUAGCCCUCCUCCAGUUCAUCACUUAACAACACCUGGUGUUUUGCAGUUUGCUGCGCUUUGGUGUGUUUAAAAAAACAAGUAAAAAGAUAAUAUAUAAAAAUCAUCAAAUAUUAUUAAUCUCAAUUUUGGAGGAAGGGUUAGUAUACAACACAGCCUGGUCUCCAAUUUGAGCGAGCGCGAGGAUCGAUAAUUUAGCCUACUCUGUUGUUGAAUUUCGAAUUUUGACGUUACUUUAAAACCAUGCAGGAUGGUUGGGCUUUUUGCCUUAACUAUGUCUGGCUGACACUCCCACUGUCUCUGCCGCCUGCACGGGUGACAUGUGCCCGUUCAUCAGGCCUUAUCUUUCCUUGAAGCAAGGUUGCAAAUUCUGCCAUCCUAGCCCUCCUCCAGUUCAUUACUUAACAACACCUGGUGUUUUGCAGUUUGCUGCGCUUUGGUGUGUUUCAUUCAUUAAAAAAAACAAGUAAAAAGAUAAUAUAUAAAAAUAUCAUCAAAUAUUAUUAAUCUCAAUUUUGGAAGAAGGGUUAGUAUACAACACUGGGCAGUUGGAGGCAGUCGCCCUCCAGCAACAACGGAGGGGGGAGGAGCGACGCUCACAACAACGAGCGGAGCGCCGGGCGGCUAAAACACAGCGAGUUGGCACAGUAGCGGGCACAGGUGGUGGUGCAUCUACCGGUCAUCUCAGUCAGUCGAUCCGUGGCACCUGCUGGGUCUGUCCCGAAACCUCCUGCACCUAGCCUGGCACAGUAGCGGGCACAGGUGGUGGUGCAUUUACCGGUCAUCUCAGUCAGUCGACCCGUGGCACCUGCUGGGUCUGUCCCGAGACCUCCUGCACCUAGCCUGGCACAGUAGGGGGUACAGCUAGUGGUGCAUCUACCGGUCAUCUCAGUCAUUCAACCCGUGGCACCUGCAGGGUCUGUAUCGAGACCUCAUGCACCUAGCCUGGCACAGUAGGGGGUACAGCUGGUGUGCAUCUACCGGUCAUCUCAGUCAUUCAACCCGUGGCACCUGCAGGGUCUGUAUCAAUACCUCAUGCACCUAGCCUGGCACAGUAGGGGGUAGAGCUGGUGUGCAUCUACCGGUCAUCUCAGUCAGUCGACCCGUGGCACCUGCAGGGUCUGUCCCGAGACCUCCUGGUCAGCGAGCCUUCAACGCUUCACGUGAUAGCCUCAAAGUGCACCUAGCCUGGCACGGGCGCCGUGGUGACGUCUCUGUGGUAUCGGUGGGGGAGCGGUGGUGCAACGGUUAGCGCGCUGCGCGCUACUAGUGACGGCUAUUAUCUUGAACAGGUCCUGGGCCUCCCCUAGGUCGACUCGGCCUCCAAUGAGUACCUGGUGCGGUGUGUAGUAAAGAUCGCCACUGGGGAGACAAAGGCGACCGGGCGUGCGCGCUGUUGGCCACCCACCCCCUCGUGUGCCGUGCCGGCCGUCAAAGGCGCUGCUCGCUAACAGCACUUGCCCCUACAGCCUGUUACAGGCUACGCGGGCCACCUUUGCCUACAGCACUUGCCCCUAAAUCCCCUGGAGGCUAUGCGGGCCACCUUUGCCUUUGGUGGCGGCCUCCGCCUCGUCACGUGGCUCGCCGCUCUGGCCAAUCGCGAGCGCCCGGCCACGAGGGCGCCGCUGCUGCUGCCACAGCGCGAGCGCUCUUAGCCCGGAGCCGCAGCACGCGAAAGUGUCCCCAGUGCCUCUCUCUCGCUGUGUGUGGGUGCCUCUCUGUGUCUCUCUGUGUGUCUCUCUGUGUGUAUCUGUGUGUGUAUCUGUGUGUCUCUCGCUGUGUGUGGGUGCCUCUCUGUGUCUCUCUGUGUGUCUCUCUGUGUGUAUCUGUGUGUGUAUCUGUGUGUCUCUCGCUGUGUGUGGGUGCCUCUCUGUGUCUCUCUGUGUGUCUCUCUGUGUGUAUCUGUGUGUGUAUCUGUGUGUCUCUCGCUGUGUGUGGGUGCCUCUCUGUGUCUCUCUGUGUGUCUCUCUGUGUGUAUCUGUGUGUGUGUCUCCCUCUCUGUGUCUCGCCGUCUCUCACUCUGUGUGUCUCUCCGUGUGUGUCUGUGUCUCUCUCUCUCUGUGUCUCUCUCCCUCUGUGUCUCUCCCUCUGUGUGUCUCUCCCUCUGUGUGUCUCUCCGUGUGUGUCUCUCUCUCCGUGUGUGUGUCUCUCUCUCCGUGUCUCUCUCCCUCUGUGUGUCUCUCCGUGUGUGUCUCUCUCUGUCUCUCUCUCUCUCUGUCUCUCUCCCUCUGUGUGUCUCUCCGUGUGUGUCUCUCUCUGUCUCUCUCUCUCUCUGUCUCUCUCCCUCUGUGUGUCUCUCCGUGUGUGUCUCUCCGUGUCUCGCUGUCUCGAGAAGUCGCGCGAGAGAGAGAGAGAGCGGCGAGAGUCGUCCCGUCCGGCGGGGCUGGAUGAUAGAAGUCGAGGAGGCGACACAGAGGCGCCUCUCUCGUCCGCGCCUAUCGCCUGGGCCCUGCGCCGAGACCGCGCUGGAUUUGUGAUCGCGGGCCAUUGAAGCAGACUCCAUCUCCUCAGCAACCCGCGACCACCACCCAUCCUUGCAGCGCUUCACGGCUCUCCGAACCUCCGAGCGAAGGCUGCGCAAACACCAUGAGCACCUGCCACUGGUGCACCCCGCAGCAGCAGCAGUACUGGCUGCAGUGCGGCGACGACUCCGGCGCGAGCACGCGGCGCGACGGAGGCGAUGAGGGGGAGGACGACGCCGACACCGACGACGACGACGCCGACGGAGGGCCGAGCGCCGACGCGGUGCGGCUGCUGCGAGCGUACGCGCGGGGCCGGCUGCCCGAGCGGCGGGCGCUGGCCGCCGAGGAGGACCUGCAGUACUGCCGCGACUGCCUCUCCGAGUACCACAGCGCGCGUGCCAUCCUGCUCUCUGCCUCGCCACACCUCCGCCAGCCACUGUGGCUGCUGGAGGAGGCUCGCGUGCUCAGGCAGCUGCGGUCGUUGCUGCAAGGGACAGGCGGCGGCGAUGAUUGCCGCGGUAGUGACCGUGGUGGUGACGACAUCGAGCUGGUCACCGCGUACUCCGUCAUGGAGCUGCAGGCCUCGCUCAAGCUGCCCUUCAUGGAGAUCCUGCAACACGCCCACCUGCUGCUCAACAAGGACACGUGCAGCCUGUUUGUCCAGGGGCUCGAGCGGCUGCAGGGCGUCCACCACCCCUUCAAGGUGGACUCGGACGACAAGCUGCCCGGCAUCUACCUCCUGUUCACCCACCCCAGCGAGAUGGUGCGCAAGUGGGCUCUGCUGACGGCGCGUGAAAUGGGGCGCAUCAGCCGGGACGACUACUACGACCUGGCGGAGGUGAUCGGCUGCCUACUGCGCGUGGUCGACAUCAACCCGUUCAUCAACCCCGACCUCUACAGCGCCGCCCUGGAGGCCGCCGCCGAAGUAGACGGCGGCGGCGGCGGAAACUCGUCGCUGGCGCUGAUGCUGCUGCCGCGCCAUCUCUUCGACCCGACCAACCACAAGAGCUACUGGCUGGGUGUGUGCAUGUUGCUGAGUCUCCUGGAGGAGCAGGCCAUGGAGAGUUUGCUGCUGGGAGUGGACCGCAAGGCCGACCUGGUGCAGGCCAUCAUGCACACGCUAGAAAUGUCUCCCACCGAUGGUACUGCGAGCAACAUCAGCGCGUUCUGGCCGGCGCUGCAGUGCCUCAUGCUGUUGCUCGACCGGCUGGGCUCCAAGGUGUGGGGCGGCCACUCCAUGGACCCCAUCCAGGUGUUCCACAAAGUCACCUCUAGCGCCAGCUACCAGCACGAGGUGGACGCCGUGCGCCUGGCACACUGCCAAAGAAAGAUAAAACACAACCCGGGCGAUGACGACGGGUUGUCGUGCAGUCAGAUUGUUUACCAGUCCGACAUCAUGUUCCGCACAAAGCGCCUGAACCCCUUCACGCCGGCGGCGCCACCGCCGGCACGUUCCUCCCCCGUUGCUCCUCCUCCCGGCGACGACUCGGUGCUGUCGGACAUGGCCUCGCUGCGGCACGUGCUGGCCACCGAGGAGGGCCGCUCGCUGCGCCGCCACCACUCCACGUUCCUGUGGCUGCUGCCGUUCGCCCGCUCCGUCAUGGACCUCAACGAGUUCGGCAUGGGCUACGUGAGCGAGGUGAUGCACUACCUGCUGGAGAAGGCGACGCAGGCGUCUUCCGCGGCGACGAUGCCGCCCGCCCCGUCGCCGUGGCGUCGUCUCCACGACGACCCCGACGACGACCCCUUGGCCGCCCUCUUCCUGCUGACGCUCGCGGCCGUCGUGCAGCUGCACUACAAGCGCGGCUACAUGCACCUGGUGUGGUGCAGUUCGGGCCGUUGGCUCCGCGCCUUCGUCUCCGCCGCGGCGAUGGCGGUGGCGGCGGCGCCGCCGGCGGCGCCGCCGGGGCGGCCGGCGUCGGCGUCGGCAAGCGUCGACGCGGCUCGCCGGGCCUGCCUCCAGCUGGUGCGCACGCUGCUGCGCGACGGCUGUCGCCUGGGACUGCGCGCCGCCUGCCAGCCGUUCCUGGACGACAUCAACAUGUGCAUGCGCGUCGCCGGCGGUUCCGGCGCCGGAGCCGGCGCCGGAGCGUGGCCCCUGUGCCUGGAGCGUCGCGACCGCCUGCUCGGCUGUCUCACCGACGUCGUGGCGAAGCUGCGAGUUCACCGGGCCCAGCGCACCGAGAUGCUGCUCGCGCCGCGCCCGAGCUCCGCCAAGCUGCAGCGGCGCCAGCAGCAGCAGCAGGAGAGGAAGCUGCCCAACCUGAAGCCGUGGUUCUCGGGGAAGUCGACCGAUGAAACGGACAGGGCGGCGGGAGCCGACGCGCUCGGCGCCGGCGGUUUGGGGCCGCCCCAAGUCCCGGGCCGCACCGGCGCAUGGCGCGAAGGGGCCGACGAAGAUGGGGAGGAGGCGGGGACGCGACGGACGGGCGGCGCCGGCGCCUCCGUGCCGGCCGCCGGCGAGCGGAGAGCCGUGGAGCGCGCGCCACCGGCGCCGCCGGGCGCAGCCUGGGACGGUGGCGACAGCUACGACAUCGAGAUGAUCGGCUCGGAGGGCGGCGAUGACGACGACGACGGCGACGGCGACGACGUCCCCCUCACCCAGAACAAGUUCCUUCCCCGCGGAGGCACCGGCGCGGAGAGAGAGUGCGACGACAUCAUCCUCAUCACCGACACCGACUCGACAGGCGAGGACGCCUGCACGGAGGUGCUCGGCAGCCGGCGAGACGGCAAACGAGCCGGCGAGAAGGUGACGUCGGCGGCCGCGGAGGAGCGACGAGGCGGGCGCCGGCCCGGCGAGGGCGGUCGUACGCCGCCGCUCGGCCACCAGCGCGACGGCAGAGGAAUGGCACCGGCGGUGAAGAGCGAGCCGCUGGAGCCGCUGGAGCCGCUGGAGCCGCUGGACCGGCGCUCCUUGGACCCGGACAACGAGCUGGACGACGGCUUGGACUUCUCGCAGUACCUGGACGACGACGACGACGAUCUGAACACGCAGCUCUACGACUUUGAGCUGGACGAGUUGAGGCACUCCCAGAGCCUCGUGGCCAAGCGGGAGGAGAAGGGGGAGGGGAAGAGGGGCGACAGCGAGGAGGUGGUGGAUGUAGGAGGAGGUGGAAGGGAUCAAGGAAGAGGCGGCAAAGGUCAAGAAGGAGGAGGCAAAGGUCAAGAAGGAGGAGAGGGGGGUCAGCCCGGUCGCUGCGCCGAGCGACGGCGCCCCGUUCCAGACCGCCGCUCCGACUCUUGGGAGCCACGUGCGGUCCCCCGGCGCCGCUGUCACCGUCAAAGUCCCCAAGCGAGAAGCGCCGGUCACCUCUGGCGUCAUCUCCCAUCGACCGAGCGGUGCCGCCAGGUUGCCGGACAGGAAGAGGGCGGCCGAUGGCGGCGCCGGCGCGGCCAAUACCGGCGCGUCUCGCCACGAAGGGCCCGCUGCCAAGAUCUCCAAGUACUUCGACGAGCGGCGUCCGGCGUCCGGCGCCGCCAAGGACAGGACGGUGACGCCGACGGUGGUGCUGGCGGAGAAGCCGAAGGCGGAGAAGCCGACGGCGACGCUGGCAGCGAAACCGCCGGGAAUUCCGGCGGAGAAACCGCCGGCAAUGCCGGCGGAGAAACCGCCGGCAAUGCCGGCGGAGAAACUGCCGGGAAUUCCGGCGGAGAAACCGCCGGCAAUGCCGGCGGAGAAACCGCCGGCUGAGCCGGCGGAUAAACC